AUGCGGCCCUCACCCUUCCUCAUCACCCUCUUCACGGGGCUGGCCACCGCGCAGAGCAUCAUCGACACCGACACCGACACGACCACCAUGACGUCAACCGACGUGUCGACCGAGACGGCCCCAGGCAUUGUCAUCACCACCAUCAUGACGAUCGAGUACACCACCACGACCAUGACUCCCUCGAUGGUCGUCAUCUCGCCCACUUCGACCUCCACCGCCACCACCACCGCCACCGUCGUGCCCGUCGCCGGCGCCAACGCCCUCGGCGCGCAAGUUCCGCUGGCUGGGCUGGCUGCUGCGGCGGCGGGUGUGGCCAUGGGCAUGGCGGCGCUGCUGUAG